GAUGCAAGCGCUACACCCUCGGCUUGCUGCUAUAAUCAUGACCGCGAAGGCUACGUGGCUCAACAAACUAUUUCGCACCUCUACGAGCAACCUCUACAUCUUUCUCUCACCAGCACUUUAGCUCGUGCUUAUAGUGCCUUUUCUUUUCAUCAUACCUAGAUAUCCACUCUCGUUACCAAACGCGAAUGCUGCGGCAACAAGUCUACAGUAUUCUCCUGGCAUUCCUCCUGCACAGCGGAGCUCUAGAAGCUAAAGAACCACAGUCUUUCCUUUCCGAUACACUCGUUAGGAAGGACCAAGUCCAGAAUGUACUUGAACAUCAACCGGCGAAGGAGCCUCAUUGUCAACAAGUACCUACAGGGCCGAUAGAGACCACACUUUGUGAUUUCGAGACAGUCGAAAGCUACAACGACGAGUUAUAUACCCAGCUGCAUGAUCUUGUACAGACACCUUUCUUCAAGUACUAUCGAGUAGACCUAUACCGAGAAUGUCCGUUCUGGCAAGAAAAUGGGUACUGCAUGAAUCGAGAGUGUGCGAUAACUACUGUAGAUGAGAGUGAAAUACCCCCCUCUUGGCGAGCCUCAGAGCUCAGUAGACUCGAGCUACCGUCAGAAGAUCUGCGCAACACAAUUCCUGGCUGUUAUUACCGCGAUUCAGACUUCUGUUUCCUGGACGAUCUGUCCGAAGGAGACUAUGUCGACCUUACCGCCAAUCCGGAGCGUUUCACUGGAUAUACUGGUCCGUCUGCACAUCGCGUGUGGGCCUCAAUAUAUGAGGAGAACUGUUUCGGAAUUUCUGAAUGGGCGUUGUCGUCGGCACCGAAUCCUGCACCAGUGACAUUGCCGGAUUCCAUGACGGGAGUGCUCAGAUCCGAGGGAGCAGAUAGCUCGAGGACAUGUUUAGAGAAGAGGGUGUAUUACAAGAUUAUUUCCGGUUUACAUGCAAGCAUCUCUACUCAUAUAUGCUACGAAUUUAUGAACCAAACUACUGGAGAAUGGUCACCGAAUCUUGAGUGUUUCAUUAACAGGGUAGCAGCCUACCCAGAACGACUUCAAUACAUCUAUUUCGAUCUCGUGCUCCUUACGCGCGCCGUCGCUCGUAUAGGUCCUUACCUCUCCGCCUAUGACUACUGUGGUACCGGAACACAUAAAGGCGAUGACGACACCUUGAACCAGGUCAAGAACGUCAUCGGCAUUGCUCAGACUGUGGGCAAGUUCGACGAGACGGUGCUGUUCCGUGGCGAAAACGCUGCUAUACUCAAGGAAGAAUUCAAGCAGCACUUCCGCAACGUCACCCGUAUCAUGGAUUGCGUGGGGUGCGACAAAUGUCGGCUCUGGGGGAAAGUACAGACUUCUGGUGUCGGUACCGCCUUGAAGAUUCUAUUCGAGUUGGAUGAGAAAGCUCUAGAUCCACACCUCAACUCUAAUUUGUUGUCACGCUCCGAAGUUGUCGCCCUAAUCAACACUCUUCAUCGUCUCUCGGAGAGCUUGUACUUUGUAAACGAGUUCCGAAAGAUAUGGGCUGAGACUGCACAGUCGGAGGAGCAACGUCUCAUCCAUGAAGCUGAGAAGGUUGUUGCCAGUGAAGAUGCUGUCAAGCCACCCAGUCACUCACCGUCAGCCGACGCCAACCGUCCACCUCGAGCAUUCUUCGAUGACGUCCAGCGGUGGCUAUGGGCUUGCAGGAAUGGCACAAUGGACUGCGUGCGGGGACUGCUCUUGGGUCUUCGAAAUUUGCUUGAUGCUCUGACAAACAUAUUCAAACUUUCUGGGAAGGAGCAAGGACCACACAGCGAGUUCUGAGCUUCGCGAUUAUGGGUCAGAUCUAAUUUAUUCGUUGAGCGGGAUGGACUUCACGUAGCUAUGUAUAAUUGAUGCAAUCUCGGAACAUUUCGGUCAAUUGUCGUUAUAUUUCUGUCUCCAGAGGAGAAGCUACGAUGUCUCAUGAAUCUGAAGGGUGUUGCAUGCAAGUACGAAGAAGAUAGUGCUUGAAAUGAGUUCAAAAAGGUCACCUCUCUGCCUGGGAGUCGAACCCAGCUUUCGCGCGACCCCGCAAUUGAGGUUCCACUGACAGGCGCGUGUACUGAACCGAUAUACUAGCAGAGAUCUGAGAUCUCCUGGAAUUAUAAC